AACAUAGACUAUGUAUACACGGAGCCAGGAGGAAAUGUCACUUUAAAUUGUUCAAAUAGCGGAAGGAUUAUGCAGUGGACGUUAAAACCAAGGCAUAAAGACAUAUUGAGUUUAACAAUAUCGGAAAAUGAACUAAUAGGCCACAAUCCUCCUGAAAUCCGUUAUCAUUAUAAAGUAACUGAUGGUGACACCUACAAUUUGCAAAUAGUAAAUGCAACAAAUUUUACAGAAGGGCAAUACAGGUGUCUUGCGAAUUUUACUACAGAACCUGAUUGUGUUCAUUAUUUUGAUUUGCUUUUAAAAGCACCCCCUUCGGAAUUAAGAGUGAUAAAUAUGACCGAGAAAAAUACAAUUAUCGGAAAGGAAAAUGAAAAUCUUACAUUAGCAUGUUAUACCUUAGGAGGCAUUCCACGUGGUAAAACAAUUUGGAAUCAUGGAAAGAAGAAGCUAAUGACGAAUAAAGAUAACAACGAAACGGCAUUUUAUUCAUUAACACUGAAUAGAAAUCACAAUAAACAAAUAUAUACAUGCAUAGCAGAACACGACAUGUUACGAACUCCAUUAAACCAAUCCAUAAAACUGGAUAUCCUAUAUUAUCCUCGUCUUCAAUUUGUGUUGCCAAAUGGACCAGUUUUAGUAGGACACAGCGUAAAUUUGUCAUGCUCAUAUUAUAGCAACCCGUUAGAUGCUGAAAUAUCAUGGACAAAAAAUGGUCAAAACAUCGACUCUAGUUAUUCCAUUGUCACAAAAAUUUGGAAAAGUGAAAGAAACUUAACUGAAAUAAAGCUAAUAGCAGAAGAUACCAAAGGUGUAACUGCUAUCAUAUUUCAAAAUGUGACAAAAACAGAUGAAGGAGCAUACACGUGUAAUGUAACUAAUACUGAAGGAUCAGCAAGUAAAACUGUGUAUUUAGUUGUGCAAGAUAUUUACAGUGAAAAAGAAAUAACGGAUGAAUUGAAUAACCCCUCUGCAAUUUUAAUAUAUAUGGUAGUAUGCUGCUGUGGAGUGAUUAUUUUCGUCUCAAGUGCUCAAAUGUAUACUUGUUGGAAAUCGGGUAAAUUGAGAAGGGUUUUUAGUAGAACUAGAACGUUUGAAACGGUUACUCCUGGAGAAACUGUUCAUUUAGAUAAUUUUAAUACAGUUCAAAACGUAUCGGACAUAAACACAGCUCACUACAUGGAAAUAGAAUUUUAGAUCAGCUACUGUCAUUGCUCAAGGAAUAUUUUCAAGCUACAAGGCUAAUUUUUUUAAACGACAUGUAAUAUAGAAUUCAGACUGCUUUUCUUUUUAAUAUUUUUUAUAAAUGUUAGGCAAACACUGUAUGUAAAUGUAAGUGUCUUCUCAUUUGCCAUUAUACCACAUGGUUAUACUGCAUCAUUAGUUGUAUAAAUAUCAUGAAUUACUUUCUGCUAAAUAUCUCUAAUAAACAUGAUGUAGUAACUGUUACUAAUGGAAUGCUAGUCUAAGAGGGUGUCAUCAGCUUAGUGGUCAAUGCUUCGGUACGAACUUAAUUUAUAACAUAUCUUUUUCUAAAAUACCGUCUGAUGAAUUAAGGAAUUAUUAUUAAUCAAAGGUUUGAAAUCCUUCAUGCAAAUUUGACCUAAGCUGAAUUUCGAUAUUUUUUUAUGUCACUUUUAGUCAAAUAGCUCUUACUGAUUUUACGUAUAUACACAUCACUGGCUUUUGAAUGAUUAGAUUUGAGGUUUACUGAUGAACGUUAAUCAAGAAAAGCGAUGCAAAUCCACGGUUUUUGUACAUUGUUAUUUUCAUAUACGGAAACAUUGUUGGUUCGAUUGUUAAAAAUAAAGACUUGCAGAUUUACUAUGCGAGGAAUGAAUAUAAAAGCAAA